CCGCGCCUCCCCCCGCCCUGCGCGGCAACCACGGAGCUCCUCUGCCAGCGCCGUGGGGAGAGAGCAUCCGGACAGGGGAACCCUGCAGUAGCCAGCCCUGCUCCGGCCGGGCUUCUCGCCCCUUGCACGGUGAAGUUCAUAAGCUUCUAAAAUGUCAUCAGUCAAACACCUAGUAUAUGCCGUCAUCCAUUUCUUGAGAGAACAGAGUCAGCUGGAUACUUUCACUUCAGAUGAACAAGAAAGCUUAGAAGUUGCAAUUCAGUGUUUGGAGACUGUUUUUAAGAUUAGCCUAGAAGAUACGCAUCUUGCAGUGCCACAACAGUUGACAGAAAUGUUCUCAAAUUCUUUUCACAAGAAUGACAUGUUGCCUCUCUCCGAUUCAUUGCCAGAAGAUAUUGAAAAGGCUGACCAGCUGAAGGAUGAAGGUAAUAAUCACAUGAAAGAAGAAAAUUAUGUUGCUGCAGUGGAUUGUUAUACUCAUGCUAUAGAGCUGGAUCCAAAUAAUGCAGUAUAUUAUUGUAACAGGGCUGCUGCUCACAGCAAGCUCAGCAACUACAAUGAAGCAAUAAAAGACUGUGAGAGCGCGAUAGAAAUAGAUCCAAAAUACAGCAAAGCAUAUGGGAGAAUGGGGUUGGCCCUGACCUCUAUGAACAAAUACCAAGAAGCAAUUACCAGUUACCAAAAAGCACUGGUUCUUGAUCCAGAAAAUGACUCUUACAAGUCAAAUAUGAAAAUAGCUGAACAGAAGCUAAGAGACCUCUCCAGUCCUACUGGAACAGGACUGAGUUUUGACAUGGCAAGCUUGAUAAACAACCCAGCAUUCAUUAGUAUGAUUUCAGUUGCUUUGGGAACUUCUACAGAAAUACAAUACAAACAUGCAGCAAGUUUAAUGCAGAAUCCUCAAGUUCAACAACUAAUGUCGGGGAUGAUGUCCAAUGCCAUUGGUGGCCCUGCUGCAGGUGUUGGUGGCCUAACUGAUCUGUCAAGCCUCAUACAUGCGGGACAGCAAUUUGCACAACAGAUACAACAGCAGAAUCCAGAGCUCAUAGAACAACUGAGAAAUCAUGUCCGGAGCAGAUCUUUCAGUGGCAGCACUGAAGAGCAUUCCUGAUUUAAAGGAGGCAUGUGGUUGUAGAACUAGAAAUGUGAAUGGUAUAUAAUCCCAAAAUGCACACAGUAGCUAGUAGCAAAUGCAUCAUUGUAACUAUUCUGCUUGGACAUGAAACAGAAAGUCCUUUGUGUCUGUUUGUUAAACAAGAAUAAAUCUGUUAAGCAGAUCUGUUGCACACACGUUUGAACAUAUGUAUAUAUAGUGAAUCCUUUAUAAAUUAAUAUAUAUAUAUUAAAUACAUUGACUUAUUAAAUUCCCGUAUAUAAAAAUGAUCAUGUUUAGGCUUUUCAAAUUAAUGAACACUAUCUAUUAAUGGAUGUUAAAACUUGCCAUCUCUUUUAAAGAGAGACUACUUACUAUGCACCAAGGCUGUGCAUUGGAGCGAUCUACAGGGCUGCUGCGGGGGGAAGUGAGUCUAAUGCUUUAAUGGGUGCUGGUAUGCCUGCAUAGAAAUUUAGUUUUAAAAAUUACAUUGUAAAAGGCCUAUUGUUCAGUAGCGAAGGUUUGCAUGGCUCUGCUUCUUACCAGAUCUGCUAUGAAUCAAUAGAUCUGACCAGCACUCUGCUUCUUGUGAUGAGCCUAUGGGGGUGAUGGAGUGCAAUGUGAAUUUAAAACAUGUGCUGGAGGGUCAGUCCUGUGACUUUGUAGCACAGAGUCCCUGGCCUAGGGUUGGUUGAGAGGCUUUUGCUAUCAGCAUCACAUGCCUUUCAACUUUACCUGGUGGGAAGAAGGUGGGUAGUAGAGCCUAGGGAUGAUUAAGAGUUGCACGUACAGAGAGGAUGAUAAAACUGUGCUAGGAGGAAGAUGUGCAGCAAUCAGAGGAAGAGAUCAGGCCAAGGGAGAAGGAAAGAGGAAUUUCUACUGCUAUAUAUGUCCCUAAUCAUCUUAGUAGCCCUGGAGGUCUCCAUUAUGGCACUAAUAGCAUAGGCAUGGAAGGUUGUGCUUCAUUCUUGUGUGUAUACAGUAUACAACAUGAGUUUAAGAAUUCUUAACUGUGAUUAGUUAAACUGGUCACAUACCUGCACAAGUCAUUAGCACUGAAAACUUAGGUAAUUCGAACAAAUAAAUCAAUAUGUACCACAGUGUGGUAAAUCACUGGCUUAGGGGAAAAAAACACAGUUAAGGAUUUUUGAAGUUUAAUUAUGUAACUUGUAUAUUUUAAAUAAGUGAUAAUGGUGAAAGGGCCAUGAAAUAGUUCUUCCAGUUUGUGUUCCUCUUCCCAGCUCUCCUGACACUUUCAGACCUCCUUGCUUUUCCGUAUUUUUUCUUUUUUAAUAUUUUUGUAACCUGUUUCCCUUGUUUGCUGUUCAUGCCAUCUACUGCUGCUGGAUACACUUAGGCUUGGUCUAUUCCAGUGUUUCUCAACAACUGGUCCAGGAACCUGCGCCAGUCCCGGAGAUCUCCCUGCCACAGUUUAGGAAGGCAGCAAGCUGGUCCCUGGUAUCAAAGAGGUUGUGAAACACUGGUCUAUACUAACUUUUGUCAGUAUAACUACAUCACUCAGGGCUGUGAAAAUCCAUACUCCUGAGCAAUGCACUUAUACCGACCUAACCUCUGGGGUAGACAGCACUAGAUUUACAUAGCUACCGCUUCUCAGGAAGGUGGAAUGCCUGUGCUGACAGGGGAAGCUCUCUCGCACAUGUAGUGUCUUCGCUAAGUGCUAGAGAGAAGACAUUGUGCAGAAUGUAAGCGAGAGCAGAAUUUGGAACUAAGGCAGAAGCACCUUUCUGAAUUUGGUAAUGGGAGGGUAAAAAUUCCCAAUUUUGUCAGGCUGUAUAUAUUGCACGGGGGGAAAUUUACAGACAUGAAAAUCAGACUAACAUCCAUUGCAUAAGACACUUUAUAUUUUAUUCAUUAAUAACUCUUACAUGGCAUUAGAUUAUUAGCUUGAUUUUUUCUAAAAAGACUGCUAUUUAUAAUUGCACUGCAUGCUCAUUAAUGUACUCUGGGGUGCAUUGGAGACAUUAGGCAAACACCCCUAAGCUCUAAAUUGAAUCAGUGCUAUUCUGUUUUAUUGGCUGACCACAUGGAAAGAAGUGUUUACACUGGCUGUGUCUGCCUUGGGGGGGAGGCGGGGGGGGACUAACUUAUGUAUGUACUUUUUUCAGUUGUAGUUCAGGUAACUAAUAUUUGCCUUCAGGCAGAUUAUUGUUUUUACAAAAAAAAGAAAGAUUAUUGCUUUUUAUAAAAAAAACUGAUAAAUGAUUAAGCCCCAAACAAUAUAGUUACAUUAGGAAUCUACAUAUGCAGAAAUCAUUUGGCAGAUUUUUUCCAUAAUGCACUCUUUAAACAGACCAUUUACACAGUGUAUUCUCCGCUAUACUUUACCCUUCCACAUUUUCAGCAACUCCAAGGUCAAUUCCAGAUUUUUUGCACUAAAUUUAAUAAAGGAAACAAAACAAACAUAAAACAACAGUGGGGCUUUACAGAAGCUAAGGAUGUGUGACCCAGUAUAUUUACCCUUGUGUUGUGACAAUCUUCACUUAAUAUUUUAGUUUUCUCUUACCCUCUCCUACUAAAAUGUCUUUUGUAGCUGAGUGUCUUUAAUGAUUAAGUAUAAUAAUCCUAAACUAUACUCUUCUGUAUAACAAUUAUAUAAACAAAGGUUGGCUGUAGGGGUUCAAAACAGCCACUCUUUCUGCUUGUAAGUUAUAUGUACAUGCAGCUACUGAGUAUUCUGCAGAUGUCUGUGUUCUGGUAGAGCCAGCCCUGUCAUAAAGUGCUCUGGAGUAGUUAUCACUAAUGCUAUGAACUGUACUCUUGGAACCAUGCUUAUUAGAAGUCGUAACUUCCAUUUCACAUACCACACUGUUAAGAAUGUGAGUCUUAUUCCAGUAUCUGUAACAAGAAUGCUUGUUUUUAGAUUUUUGAUGGCAUUACCUAAUGCAGGAACAUGCCACAAUUGACACAAUAGAAAACUUGUAACUGCCUAUUAUAUUUUGCAUCUGAGCAGAUGGGACUUUAUAGCUUAAUAAAAAAAUAGAAAUUCCCUAAUGGACAGUAGCUGUCAUUAAUUACUCUUUCUAUUUAAGUCCAGGGAGAGUUUUCAUUUACGCUAAAAUGUAUUUUGCCACUCUACAGGCUACAUUGUUCACAAUGUCAUGACUUGUUUUAAUCAGUGGUUGAAGAGAGAGCUUGGGUACUUUGAACUUUGAAAAAAAUUCAGACUGAUAAGACUGAUAAACCCAUGAUCUAAACAAAUAUUGCUUUCAUUUUAGACUAACUGCAGUUUAUCAGUGAACUAAAUAAAUAAUUAUGCAUUUAAAA